AUGAAAUUUCACGCCUUGCGUCAGGAUCUCCGCGCUUACGCCGAGGAAUUUGGUGUUCGUCAGUAUCCUGACAACAAAGACAUUUUGGAAAGACUGUCCAAAGAUUCACCUGUAAAUGAGAGAAAUGCAAGAGGAGUUUUUGAAUAUUUGGCAACACUACAGUCGAAUUUUUCCAAUCAAGAAUGGAUGACUCUUCGUCUCCUGAAAUUUAUACCAGCUCCGAAUAACUCUCGGCCAAACGAAAUCAUAUAUGUUAAUCCGCGCAAAUGCUUUUUCACGGGUCACGGCAUGAGUUACAGAGAUAUUUUUCCCUGCGUGAAUUUUGGCGAGAAAGCAAACAAAUUUUUACAAAACUGUGGUGUCCGAGAAGAACCAUCACCCGCAGACCUCGCAGAGUAUCUCGUGGAAUCAUCGGAGGAAUAUUGGGAAAAAACAGGGGAGGAUAUGUUGUUAGGCAUGAAGAAAAGCUUUCGAAAUGAUGACAGAAAUUACAAACUAGCUAGGAUAAUGAGAAGAGGAAGUGACAACUUUCCAAGAGAAACCAGAAGUUAUAUUCUUACGUUCGCAAAAGAUAUUUUAAUAAGCGACAGUCCAAGGUAUCAAAUGAUCUUCAACCCGGUACUUGCGCCCGAGGAAGAACCUUUAGAAAAUUUAUAUCGGGAAUUAGGGUGUCGUGGAUUGUCCGAAUGUGUCAUCGAGAAGCCUCAACAGAUAGGUGCAACGAAGUCUACCAAAAAUGCCAAAAAUCUAAGACAGGUAAUCGUCGAGAGGGCGAAACUCUUUUAUGAUGGCAUUCCGGAAUCCAAUAUUAAAAGAAAAAUCGACUGGAUUGAAAGGUUAUCGGUCAAGGAGGUUAAAAGCAUAGAAAUUACAUAUGAGCUCGUCACCACUAAACAAACAAAAGUCGAAACCAUAAAUUCUUUUAUUCCGUCUGAUUCUAUGAUUUUAUAUGUUAUUCCUGGUGAACCCGACUAUCUCGGAAUCGCGUCAAACUUAGUACGACAGAUAUAUAAAAACUAUAGUUUUAGGGAUAUUUCACAUUUGUCUAUGCUUUUAAUGGCUCCGCUAGAAAGCUUGGAACUAUAUGGUUAUCCAGUCGAACGUAUUUUAGAAAAGAAAAAAUUUGAAAAUCAAAAAUUAGUUAACAAAGACCAAGAGGGAGGAGAAAUUAUCAAAAUGGUUGAUGUGACGUCCUUGGAAUUCACGAAAAACUUGCAUGAUAGACUUCGCAGUGCGGUCAAGUCUUGCUGUUCUAAUUUGGAGAGUAAAAUAAUAGUUUCGAAAGACGCGGAGGACAAGGAGACCGAAUCAAAUCCUUGUGAGAAUCUUCCAGAUAGCUAUCUAACGGAUAUUGGUUUCGAAGGCGGAAUUCAAGUUUUUGUGGCCGAGGGUGUGAAUCCGUCAGAAAUAAUUGGAACACCCAUCUUAACUCGAUUUGCCAGUAUUCUUAAAGAUCUCAGCGAAGUGUUUGAACUGCCUCUAAAGACGAUUCACAUUUUUCACGAUCCCUACACGAACCUUAUUGCGUUCAAUCGAAAAAAGGCAUUAUUCUUCAACUUUAAGUUUUAUAAUAAAACCAAGGGCGAAGAUUCUUUUAGUGAUGCGUUUACCUCCUGGUACUUGACAUUCUGUCAUGAACUGGCGCACAACAUUUCCCAUUCGCAUAAUGCAGAACACGAGAAUAAUCUCUGCUCAUUUGCAGAGUUAUACAUGCCAAAUUUCUUGCGUCUGAUGGACGAGAAAAAGAGCAUAUGCAAAUGUUGA